UCGUUGUAGAUAUUUUAUCCGUAGCGGACGUGUUCGGUGGCCAAAACGUUUGUACCGUCGCAAAAAAAAAUACAGAAAAAUACAGAAAAAAAAGAAAUAUUGAAAAAAGUGUUUGAAAAAUAUUUCAACAAAAGAAUGGAAAAAAUAAAAUUUAAUAAUGAAAAAAAUUAAAUCAAAGCCUAUUUGAAGAGAAAUGAAUGAAUGAAUUCAUAUAAAAUAUUUUUACAAUCCAACAUCAUCAGAAAAUCGUUAAGUCAUCACUUGUGACUAGAGGGUGCAGGAGGAGGCGGAGGAGGAUACCCCCAGACACCACAUAAACUAUUAACAACACCAAAAAGCAAAGAAGAAGAAACAAAUCACCAGGCCAAGGGAGGGGGCAGUGACAUUGAAGAAGAGCUUUAAAAGCUCUUCUCAUCCUUCAGGAUGAAUGUGAUGCGUAAAUUGCGUGGCGCCGGCAGUGCUCCAGCUGGUAAUGGUAGUGCCGGCAACAGCAGCGGCAGUGGCUCCACAGGUUCCUCGACCGCAAAUGGGGGUUCCACCCUAACCACGGCAGCUAGUGAGGAUGGCAUGCUGGAUGCCCGUGUCCAAAUGAGCUUACAUACUCUGAAGAAACUAUUCAAUGAGUACACCCAUCCCAAGGAGCCGUUGAGCGAACAAGAAAGGGACAUGAAACUCUAUCAAAUGUUGCCACUGUUUUGUAAGGUUUUCAGUGCUUGUCCUGCCUCCGAUAUGAGCGAAAAGUUCUGGGAUGUUGUGGCCUUCUGUCAGCAAGUUUCUCGUCUAAUGGUCGCCGAGAUACGUAAACGGGCCUCAAAUCAAAGCACAGAGGCUGCCUCAAUAGCCAUUGUUAAGUUUCUAGAAAUAGAAACAACCGAAGAGACCAGCAGCGGUUGGAUGUUGCUGUCAACCUUGAAUUUGUUGGCGAACGGAGAUGUGUCCUUGAUACAGGUCAUGACAGCUGCCGCAGUGCCCUCUACAUUGGUGAAGUGUUUAUAUCUCUUUUUCGAUUUGCCCGCUGUGGAAGAUGACCCUCCCUGCGAGACGCCCAGCGACUUCAAUGCCUUCGAACGACGCACUCUACUGCAAAAGGUCUUUGUGCAGCUGCUGGUGAAACUAUGCUCAUAUCCCUACCCAGCAGAGGAGCUGGCUCGUAUGGAUGAUUUGACAUUACUGUUUUCCGCCAUUACCUCACCCUGUCCCACUCACAAUAUUGUGUGGCGUAAAAAUGCUGCCGAAAUCCUAACCACCAUCUCACGGCAUGGUCUGACCGAUGCCGUUGUGAGCUACAUACAUUCCAAAGGCUGCAUGGCCUUGUGUGUGGACAAUAUGAGACGCCUGACAUUCGGCAAUCCCUUGGAGAUAGUUGAAAUGUUCGUUACCGUCUUUUGUUUCCUCAAAGAUUCUAGUCAAGUAUCCCAGAUACUCAUGGAUGAUUUUAAGGCCUCACAGGGAUAUACCUUCCUGACCGAUUUUUUGCUCAAAUUCGACACCACUCGCACCCAUUCUGUUGAGGUACAGGCUGCCAUACGCAACCUCGUCCUCAUGAUCUCAUCGCUCUGCAUGUGUGGCUACAAUGAGCUGAGGCCACCACAGGCCCAAAUCAAUGCCCUUUUCAAAAUGCAAAAUUUCCAAAUGCCUCAGGCCACGUCACGGGAGACCUGUGUUCGCAACAUCUAUGCCUUUCAGGUUUUGCAAACCGUAUUCCUGAGGGCCACAUCCUCGGGGCUUUGCUGCACAAUUUUGGAUGCCAUCUCCAGGGUUUAUCAUUCGGAAAAUGCCAAUUAUUUUAUAUUGGAAUCGGAAAAUACCCUCAGUCAAUUUACGGAGAGGAUACACCUGAAAGGCUCCCAGAUACAGGAGAAAUUUUUCGACCUAUUGGAGUUCAUUGUUUUCCAAUUGAAUUUUGUGCCCUGCAAGGAAUUGAUUUCCCUGUCGUUGCUGUUGAAAAACAAUCACUCGACCAGCUGUAGUAUUUUAUGCCUCAAAACGUUGCUGAAUAUUCUGCGGCAUAAUAAUGUCUUUAAGGAUGUCUAUCGGGAGGUGGGCAUUUUGGAGGUGUUUGUAACCUGCCUCAAUCGUUAUGCCGAUCAUGUUCGUACAAUAACCAAAGAUGAUGAAAAUGCUGUUGUGGCGGCGGAGGAGGGGGAGUCGGAAGACCUUGCCGACAGCAUGGGCAAACAUGUGCUGGAAGCCCUGACCAUACUGCUAAGUGGAAACAACAACAAUGCCAAUGUAUUCCGCGAGAGUGGUGGAGCCAAAUGCAUCCAUGAUUUGGUGAAAUUCAAACAUUGCCGACCCCAAUCUUUGGGCAUAAUUCGGGAGCUGAUACUCUCGGCUGGGGGAGAUGAUGAUAUGCUUUUCAUAUUGUCCGUCAUGCAUGCAGUACCACCCUAUCAGGUGGAAUUUAAAAUACAAAUCCUCAAUAUGCUCCUGGGUUGCCUAAAGGAUUCACAUCGCACAAGGACUGUAUUCCGCAAGGUGGGCGGUUUUGUCUAUUUGACCAGUGUCUUUGUAUCGUUGGAUGGGAAGUUAUGUGAUGAGGACCACCUGGAGUCGGAAGAUCCAGAGGCCCAACUAAUACCCCAAGAUGACUUGGUUCUACUGCUACAAAUGGUUUGCCAAACCUUGGCCACAGCAAUGCGUUUCGAGCCGGCCAAUGCAAAGUUUUUCCAUCAGGAAAUUUGUACCGCCUCACUCUGUGAUACUCUACGGCUGUUGGGAUGUUUUGGCAAUGAAACAGAGCUGCCCGAAUUCAAGGGAAUAUUUAAAUCGGACACCACCACUCAAAAGUAUUAUCACGAGGUCUUUUCGGGAGACAUUUUGAAUUAUCGAUUCAAUGACUCCAUACCCCGUUCCCUCUCCUAUGUUUGUGUGGUCUAUCGCCUGCUGUACAGUAUUGCCUUGGAUAAUUUUGAAUCUCCGAAUUUGAAUAACAUCAUCACACUCUUCAAUGAUCAACUGAAUCGUUCACCAACCAAAGAAUUAGCUUUACCUCCAGCCCAUCCCAAUCAACUGAAUCUCUCACAGCCAACACCGGAACCUCGCAUUGUCCAUCCCGGUGUGGUGUUGUGUAUGAUUCAGCUGCUACCCAGCGUCUCCCACAGCCAGCAACACACUCUGGCCACCAACUUGCAGGUGUAUCUCAGUGAAAUCAUCAAAUCUCUGGUACGCAGUGAACGCAACCAACAGAUAAUGUGCGAUUAUGGCUUGGCUGGCCAGCUGUUGAAAAUCGCCCGCAAAGCCCUAUCCGAAGAAGUCAAUCCCCUACAUGUCCCCAUGCAAUACAUUUUGGAGAGAUUGGCAGCUCAGGCCCUACAGCCUACCGAGCUGAGAGAAUUUUUACGCCUAGGCGAGCCCUUGUCGUGUAAAAAUAUCGAUCUUAAUAAAUGCUAUUCCAUGGGUGGACCUGUCCCAUUGACUCGCAUAAAGACACUGGUCUCCAUGACCACCCCGAGAGAUUUUCGAGCCCAUGGGUCCAGUACAUUGCCGCCAUUUGUUGAAAUGGAUAUGUCAGCGGAAGGAUUUGGUUGUUUGUAUCUACCCUCAUUGGCACCACAGGCCACUGCCACGGCAGGUGGGACCAUAGAUGCCAAUACCAUUGGCGGCAUUGGUUCCGGAGAUCGCAUCUUUCCACCACAAACAGGUCUCUCCUUUUCCACAUGGUUUUGUGUUGAGAAAUUCUCGGAUCCUAAAACGGAUCCCCAUUGCGUAAGGCUGCUGACAUUGGUGCGUACCAUCCAUAAUCCGCGAGAAGAGAAUUUGGUGUGUCUUUCCAUAUUGCUGUCGGCGAGAGAUAAGGCCAUUGUGGUCUCUACACAGGAGACCCUGGUGACUCCAAGUAAAAGCCUUGGUGAUUGGGAGCCAGAGGGCUCGGAUGACAACAGCGCCCGCAUAUGGUGUCCAGAUCUCUUACAUGAAGGCCAAUGGCACCACCUCGUGGUUGUACUUAAUCGUGCGGUGUUGAAAAACUCAAGCCUCUCUCUGUAUUUGGAUGGAACGCCUCUGCACUCUCAAAAACUCCAUUAUAUAUCGCAGAACCCAGGAGCUGGUUCGGCCAACUUGCCUGUGGCCACCUCGGUGUUCGGUUACAUUGGCACCCCACCCAUAUGGCGUCGCUACUCACGUUUGUGUUGGAAGCAGGGUGUUUGUCAUCUCCUCGAAGAUGUGGUCAAUCAACAGACGGUUCAGACAAUUUUCAAUUUAGGUCCCCAUUAUAUGGGCUCGCUGCAAGCUCCCCAGUUGGGCAAAAAGGUUGAACCUUUGGGUCCCCUUGUGGCCGAGGAGAAAGUCCUGUUGGGUCUCAAUGCCAAAGCUGUGUCACAACUGACUUUGGUCAAGAUUCGUAAGGUUUACAGUCGAGCCGACAAUAAGUCCAUAGCCAAGCAACUGGGCAUGAAUUCCCAUGAGAAUGCCACACCCAUAAAGAUCCUCCACAAUUCUGCUGGUCAUUUGGCUGGAGCUGGCCGUACCUUGGGUGGUGUGGUUGUGGGUUAUUUGGGCGUCCGUGUCUUCAGCCCCCAUCCCGUCUCAGCCAUGAUUGAUACCGUCGGAGGUUGCAAUGUGCUGCUGGGCAUUAUUGCCAUGGCCCAGGAUGUUGAGUCUUUGUAUGCUGGCGUCAAAGCCUUGACCUGUGUGGUACGCUCCAAUCGUGCCGCCCAAAGUGAAAUGGAUCGCAAACGAUGCUACCAAACCCUGGGCAUGUUCUUUAAGAAAAAGAAAAAUCUCUUGAAUUCCCACAUUUUGCACUUGACAUUUGGCUUGGUGGGCACUGUCAACAGUGGCCAGGAUAUGUCGGCCAUACCCAAUGUUACAGCCUUUCAGGAUCUCCUCUGCGAUUUGGAUAUAUGGCAUAAUGCACCAAAUGGCUUGCUGAGAUCUUUGCUGGAACAUCUGUUGGAGCUGGCUGUGGAGUCGAAUGAGAAGAAACAAAAUGUGAAGAUUAUGAGAGAGCUGCAGCUACUCAACAAGCUGCUCUACAUCAUAGUGGACAUACAGGAUCAUUCCACGCGAGAGAUAUUAUUUAAUUUAGUCGAAGCUCUGCUGGGUGGCCAGCCAAGGCAUACGGAUCUACUGCUUUUCGGGCAGUAUUGUGCUUCCAAGCUACCCAAAGCGGAUCAGGUGGAGAAAUCGCUAAUAUUGCCCACCAUGAAACCCACCCCGAAUCCUUCCAAUUCCGCUGCUACUGCCGAAAAUGAUGUAACCGCUCAAAAUAUCUAUCUUCGCAAUCGUUGUCUGUCCCUACUCCAUGGGCUGCUGUUUACGGCUCGCAACACCGUCAAUUACAUAAUUUGUGAUGAUAUCUCCAAGACCCUGGGUAUGGAUUGGUUGCUGUUGUUUAUGCAACCUAAUGUCCAUUUUACCACGGUCAUAAUUGCGGUAAGGAUACUGGUGGUCAUCUGUGCCAAUGAGAGUUUUUUGGUACGUUUCCGGGAUUCGACACACAAUGGAGGUUAUUUGCGUUUUACCGAAAUGGUGUCGCAAAAGAAGUCAAUGGGAAUUGCGGCUCAACAGCUGAAUGCUCGGCCUUCAACGGGAACGGGGACUGUCAUAGUGGCCACACCGGCCAAUACCUUGCAGCAUUUACCCACACACAUUGCCGGGGAAGUGAGGACGGCGGCACUGAAUAUACCAGGUUUCCAAACCCUGGAAUGGCUGAUGCAGUACCAUUUGGACGUUCCCGAACUGUAUUUCCUCAUUACCGCUCUGAUAAUGGGCCAACCUGUAAAACUUUUGGCCACAGAACACACCAAAUUCGAUCUGGACCGAGUCUGGUCAUUCCUCUGGGGUGCCCCUGUAUCGGCCAAUACAAAUGUACCCAAAAUGAACAUCUGUCCCGAAGGAGUGUGUGUACUCUUGGGCAUGGUUAGGGCAAUUGUCCAUGGUGGUGAAAUGGCUCCCUGGCUCAAUAGCCACCCUGAGACAAUCAUACAGCUACUCUUCAGUCUCUAUCAAAAUCUAACCGAUUUUAUGCCAGUCAUGAUGUCUGGAGAUGUCAUAUCCUCCUUGGUGGCCGUUUUGUUUCCCAAUAGCAGUAAAGAUGAAAAUGUGGAAUCUGAGCCGAACAGUGGCAACAGUUCACCCACCGAGGAGACGGGUGGUUUUAUGUUAAGUCUCAAUGCUGCAGCGCAUAAUCCAGCCAAUCUAGUCAAGCUUACCAAUCAUCCGGUAAGGAAAUGUAUCAUCGACUUCCUGAGGGUCAUUGUGGUGGACUCGUUGAGCUUAAAUAUGCAUGGCAAGACAACACCCGUCAUAGAUUUGGUAUUGGAUGCCUCGCCGGAGAAUUCGGAAAUGAAUUUACAGGUUGAAUACCAAACGGAAAUCAUUACAGCUUUAAUGGAUCAUCUGCUGGCGGCAGACAUUUUGGUGGGAGAACAGGCCGCCCUGUCCUUGGUACCCCUACUCCAAAGUCAUACCCAACAUGUGGCGCCAAAUGUUUUCUAUUUCACCGCUCGAGUGGUGGAUAAAAUGUGGCAGGGCUGUCUGACCCGCAAUCCUCAUGAUAUCUUUGAUUUUAUUAUCAAAUUAAUUGCCCAAGCUAAGAGGAGAACCUCAUCGUUGACGCUGGAGCAGUUACAUCAUUCCCUGAAUCGUACCAUUUUGUAUUUAUUAUCACGGCCCACGGAGGCCAUAACCGAGCAGAUGAGCGUCUUGGAGGCUUUACAUAAAAUCAUCACCCAUCGUUUGUUGAUUUUUGGAGCUGGCAAUCAUGAGCUGGAAUUCAUUGGUUGUCUCACCUAUUGUCUGCUGCAAUUGACAUCGGAUAUGAAAAUCAUAUUAGAGCCUUCGACGGCUCGCAACACCACAUGGCAUGUUAAUCCUCAGGCUGAUAUUAUUGAGCCCAAAGAUGAGGAUUUGAAUCAAUUGCAGGGUCGCAAUUUAAUUGUGGGUGCCGCCUUCCGUGUCUGGGAAGAGUUGUAUGUGUGUAAAAAGCCAGCCAUAGAAGAGGUCUUCAAAGUCAGCUUGUCGCCGCCACCGAACAAUCAAAAGGCCCCGGAUUUGCAAACCACACGUGAACAGGUCAUGGAAUUGGCCUCGAAAUUAUGGUUUAAUUAUGUCGAUGCUGAACGUAAGGCUUCGUAUCGUAUCCCCUGGGAAAUCCAUAAUCAGAUACAAUCAAAGAUUCAGAAAGUAACUGGUGGCUUGACACGUCUGGCUAGUCGCACCAAGGUCAAGAAAGAUGAAAUGGUACGCGCCAAGUCGUCCAUGACCCGCGAGUCGGCUUUCGAGUGUACCAACAUACAUGUGCAAUUGAUAAAGGACCUUUGGGAGUUACGCUGCAAACAGUACAUACAAAUGCUGCAACACACCCAGCGUUAUGUCUACCAGGAUUGGGUGCAAUCGGAAACAGAAUUAACCCGAGAACGUGGCCUCUGGGGUCCCGAGGGCUAUUCUUCGCUUGACAAAUGGAUAUUGGACACCACUGAAGGGCCACAUCGUAUGCGUAAGAAAACCAUGCGCAAUGAUCUCUUCUAUCUGCAGUAUCCAUAUCGCCCAGAAUUGGAUAUACCCGAUAAUCGUCAAUUAAAAUAUAAAGUUGCCACCAGUUUUGAUAGUAAAAUCUACUACACCCAUUGUCAGCAGCCACCAAGGAUAUUGUGUGAAACCGAUUCGCUCACACAACAACAAUCGCUAACACAUCAACAUUCCGUAGAUGCCAAUCAAUUGCUGAAAGCUUCGGGACAAACCACCCAUAGUCAUCCCCAAUUGCAGACAUCCAAAAGUGAGCCGGGUGGUACAACGUCCACACCACCCCAGUCACCCAAUGAACAUCGCAUUGCCCAUGCCCAUGCCCAGGAGUCGUUAGAUGUCAAUGCACCCGACGAUGAUGAGGAGGACGAUGAAAUGUCAAAUAUUGCCGAUAAUGAAACAUUUUUACGGCUGCUGGAAGAGCAGGAAAAAAUCUCUUUUAUGUUUAGAUGUGCACGCAUCCAAGGUCUGGAUACCUUUGAGGGUCUACUGUUGUUCGGCAAGGAACAUUGUUACAUCGUUGAUGGUUUUACAUUGCUCAAAAAUCGUGAAAUAAAAGAUAUCGACACCCUGCCACCGGGGGCCUAUGAACCCAUUAUACCCAACUCGGGGGGUACAACAAGGCAGCACAAAGUUCGCCAGUGUUCUAAGUUUGCUUACGAGGAGAUACGAGAGGUACACAAGCGACGUUAUUUGUUACAACCCAUUGCACUGGAGGUGUUCUCCGAAGAUGGACGAAAUUAUUUGUUAAGUUUUCCGCGCAAGGUUCGAAAUAAGGUUUAUCAGCGUUUCAUGGCCCAUGCCACGGCCAUCAAUGACAAUGCUCAGCAGUCGGUGGCGGGCCAAAAGAGGACGGCAAGUGUAGAACAGACAUCGGGUAUCUUCAGUAGUUUGAUUGGUGAAACCUCGGUGACCCAGAGAUGGGUGCGCGGUGAAAUUUCCAACUUCCAAUAUCUAAUGCAUUUAAAUACCCUCGCUGGGCGCUCCUACAAUGAUCUCAUGCAGUAUCCCGUUUUCCCCUGGAUAUUGGCCGAUUAUGAUUCCGAAGAGUUGGAUUUCAAUAAUCCCAAAACAUUCCGAGAUUUUUCCAAGCCCAUGGGUGCCCAGUCGGAGGAGAGACUGGAACAGUUUCAGAAAAGAUUUAAGGAAUGGGAUGAUCCCCAUGGUGAAACACCACCCUAUCACUAUGGCACCCACUACUCAUCGGCCAUGAUUGUUUGCUCAUAUCUGGUGCGCUUGGAACCGUUUACCCAGCACUUUUUGCGCCUGCAAGGUGGCCACUUUGAUUUGGCCGAUCGCAUGUUCCACAGCCUUAAAGAGGCCUGGCUCUCGGCCUCCAAAUUCAAUAUGGCCGAUGUGAAAGAGCUAAUACCCGAGUUUUUCUACCUCCCAGAAUUCAUAACCAAUUCGAAUAACUUUGAUUUGGGUACCAAACAAAAUGGCGAAACCUUGAACGAUGUCAUCCUGCCGCCCUGGGCCAAACAGGAUCCAAGAGAAUUCAUAAGAUUACAUCGCAAUGCCUUGGAAUGUGAUUAUGUUAGCCAGAAUUUACAUUUGUGGAUCGAUUUGAUAUUUGGCCACAAGCAACAAGGCCCCGCCGCUGUGGAAGCCACAAAUGUUUUCCAUCAUUUGUUCUAUGAAGGAAAUGUCGAUAUUUACAACAUUGAUGACCCUCUGAAGAAAAACGCCACAAUUGGUUUCAUUAACAACUUUGGACAAAUACCCAAGCAGCUGUUUAAGAAACCCCAUCCCGCCAAGAAAAUGUCUGGCUCGCGGCAUUCGACGCUAAUAGAUCCGAGCGCCUUGAUACAGGGCAAUACAACUGUGCUACAAUCCGAUCGUUUGUUCUUCCAUAAUUUGGAUAAUUUGAAACCGAGCCUGCAACCCAUCAAGGAGCUAAAAGGUCCCGUGGGUCAGAUAUUGCAACCAGAUAAGACUGUUUUUGCUGUGGAACAAAAUAAGGUGAUGAUGCCCCCAUCAUAUACCAAAUACAUUGCCUGGGGCUUUGCCGAUCACUCGCUGCGCAUUGGCCUCUAUGACACAGAUCGUGCUUCAUUUGUUUCCGAGGCGGCGGCACAAAAUUCCGGUGAAAUUUUGGCCUGUGCCUGUCCCAAUUCAAAAAUGAUCAUUACCGCCGGCACAAGUUCGGUCAUUACGAUUUGGAAAUUCGAUGCAAAUCGUAAAAGUUUAACGGUGAAACAUUCGCUACAUGGCCAUACGGAUGCCGUUACAUGUUUGGCAGCCAGUGCAGCAUAUAAUGUCAUUGUGUCGGGUUCAAGAGAUGGUACGGCAAUUGUUUGGGAUAUGACACGUUUCACAUUUGUACGCCAAUUGCCCGGCCAUGUGGGUGUUGUGGCAGCAGUGGCCAUAAAUGAAUUGACUGGUGAUAUUGCCACAUGUUCGGCAACGUGGUUACAUGUGUGGUCCAUCAAUGGUGAUCCUUUGGCAACGGUGAAUACAUGCGUGGGCAGUGCCGAUCGUAUGCAGCAAAUAUUGUGUGUGGCCUUUUCACAAAUCCGAGAAUGGGAUCCACAGAAUGUGGUCAUAACUGGCUCCACGGAUGGCGUUGUGAGGAUGUGGUCCCUCGAAUAUGUUCAAGUACCAAUUGAACGUAAACUAAAACGGUAUGCCGAAGUGAAAUCCCAAGAAAAUCCCGACACUGCAUCGCACAAAGAAGACGAGACGGCUGUGGCGGGUGGAGAAACCUCAAAGAAAAUGGAACUAUUUAAACAAAUGCAAAGCAUAUCUUCACAUGAUGAUAAUGAAAUCCAUAAAUCUGCUUCGGAAAGCAGCAUAUCAGAGGCAUCACAACACUCAAACAACUCAACACAAUCGGAUAAGCCAAUGAAGGAAUGUGAAAUACCCGUAACAUCGGAACGACGGAAAUCUUCAUUUUCGGGUGCGAAAUCUCUGCACGAAAUUAAGUCAUCAACGGUGGAGGGUUCGGGGGGUAAUAAGGGAAUUGAAGAAGAAGAACGCAGCACAAUAAGGCCCAGUAAAUCCGAUACCAGCCUCACAGACGGAUUUGUCAUGAUCGACAAUGAUAAACAUCGUGGUGAUCAUUGUCUCAAGAAAGGCUUUAAAUGGCAACGUCAAUUAAUGUUCCGUUCAAAACUAACAAUGCACACGGCCUAUGAUCGCAAAGAUAAUGCCGAACCGGCCAGUAUUACUGCCCUGACAGUAUCCAAGGAUCAUAAAAUAUUAUAUGUUGGUGAUGCCCGUGGUCGCAUCUAUUCAUGGUGUGUUACGGAGCAACCCGGCCGUGGUGUGGCCGAUCAUUGGCUAAAGGAUGAGGGAGCCGAUCAGUGUGUUAAAUGUCAUGUUAAAUUCACCCUAUACGAACGCAAACAUCACUGUCGCAACUGUGGCCAGGUGUUCUGUAACAAAUGCAGUCGUUUCGAAUCGGAAAUAUCGAGAUUGAGAAUAUUGAAACCGGUGCGAGUGUGUCAGACAUGUUAUGCCCAGCUGAGAGCGACAUCUGUUGACAAUUAAUAAUUAUAAGAAAUUUAAAGAAGAAAACAAUAAAAUUAAUAUUAUAUAUAUUUUAGAAGAAAGAAAACAAAAAUAACUAUUCAAAGACACACACACCCAUACAUUCUCACAUACAUUUAUGCAUAACACACACACAUACAUGCGAAAUUAUUAUAUUUAAAAAGAAGACACUGAAAAAAGAGUAAAUGUACCUUUUACAAAAUAA